GGCGAGCGCUUGCACUCACUACUCGGCCCGCUCGUAACUCGGCUCACUCCGUCGCGGUAUCUCCUCGCGAGUAUACGUACCGGUUUUGUCUCUUUGAGCCUCAAACUUUACUCGAAGUGCGAUACGCCGUUCGUAGGUAUCUUAUUUCGGCGUUUAAAUAAAAGCACACGAUAUAUCAACUCGAUUAAUCGUCGCAAAACUAAUGGGACAUUGCGGUGAUCGCUUGAGGACAUUAUCUUUUAGUUAACAUCACUUUGCAGUUUUUUACCUACCGGAAACGAAUUUACAAUAUUGCUAUAAGUGACAAUUGCAGUGGACGAAUUCUACUGUAGUGCUUCCUCUAUUGCACCGUGACUGUGGAUUUGUUUAUUGUGAGAAUACCAGACUACUAUUUUGGAAAUACUCAUUUGUUUCGUUUGUUUAGUGGGUUUUCUUUUUAUAAGGAAAUAUCGUCAACAGAUAAAUUGAUAUACCUAAUAGCAGUAUCGUCUUCGCAAUAUAAUAUAAGAUUAGUGUUGUGAUGCGCGAGUGACGAGUCCUCGCCACUAUGAUUCGAGACCCCCCGGCCAUGCAUAAACCCGACAACACAAAUAGUCAACAAGAAGAAACUAAAUAUGGGCUCAAUAGCAGUGUCGCGGGUAACACGGGGGGCGCGAGGCUCUGCGCGCAGUGUGGGAAAGUAAUCACCGAAAGGUUUCUCCUGAAGGCAAUGGAGAGGUUUUGGCACGAAGACUGUCUCAAAUGUGGUUGUUGCGACUGCCGCCUCGGUGAAGUCGGCUCCAAACUAUAUUACAAAGCUGACCUUAUGCUCUGUAAGAGGGACUAUCUUAGGUUAUUUGGUGCCACAGGCAAUUGUGUGGCGUGCAACAAAGUCAUUCCCGCCUUCGAAAUGGUUAUGCGAGCUAAGAGUUUCGUUUACCACUUAGAAUGUUUCGCCUGUCAACAAUGCAAUCAUAGGUUCUGCGUAGGUGACAGAUUCUACUUGUGUGACAACAAGAUACUUUGCGAGUACGACUACGAGGAAAGGCUAGUAUUUGCAAGUAUGGCAGCGAACCCCAGUGGCCUAGCUCAUAUUCGAAGACAAGUCAGUGGUUUACAGUCACCUAGCGGUGGGUACGUUGCUGGUGUCGGAGGCUGCGGGGCUGGAGCGCCGGCGGGUGUUGCACUAGUGGACAAGGACGGUGGCGGCUGUGCGGCAGCUGAUGACGCAUCCAGUGGCUACGGAAGCCCGCCCGAUCCCGAUGUGUGCGAUGCCGCACGAUGACCGACAAUGCCCCGCCGACUUCUCGCCUCGGUGAAACCCCACUGAGUGUUGGCGAGAUGCAGCCGCGCGCAGACAGUUCCGAAGCGGGGCACAUCUCUGGCAAACGGCGAACGUCUCUCCACACGCGAACAGUAGAAUGGCGUUCCAUACCCGCAUCAUAACAAUUUAGCCAUCACUAAAUGAUUGUCUUUAGAAAUAGCUACAUUGAUUUAUUUUCGUAUUAUUUCUAGUUCACUGACUCGUCUUUUUGAAUAUUAUUUUAAAGAAUCUCCGAUGUAAUUAAUCCAUUAAAAUUUCUAUCUGAAUUGUUACUGUACGUAGUGCAAAACAGGCUAAGUGCAGAAUUUGUUUCGUGGCGUCGUUUCAGCAAGCGCGUAUUUUUCAAGCGACGUACGAGAGUACAUUAGGCUUAAAGGCGGGCCAUGGAUAUGUGGCCACUUUACAAAGUGUCCGGGAUGAGUCGCGAUAACGUUGUCAGAACACGAUAUUUCCAUUAUGUAUACGAUUUGAGCACUUGUUUACAUGUUUAAGAUAGAGGCGUCGCGUGGGUAGGACGCGCGCUCUCGCUUUUACUAUAUGGUAUCGACCAUGUCUUGCGCUUAGCCAAUUUAGCCAACCUCCUUAUUCCUCAAUGGUAGAAAUAUUGGAGAUACCAACAUGCAUGUUAUUUGGCACAUACGUUAUUCCAAUUUAAUAUGCAUAAAGGGUACAAGCAGAAAAGUUGUUGAUAAGAGGACAUUUCCCGUAAAAUUGGCGGCCUUUCAGUAUUUACUACUUACAUUACAUUAGAUAUCAUCAAGCAAUAGGUACAAAACAUCAAUUCAUUUAAAGUAUGACAGAUAUUUAGAUGUUGGCAGCUUUACAGGUUGCGCCCUCUUAAUGAAUUAUGUGGAAUCAAUUGUAAACAAAUCAAUAUUUUGCAAGUUUUUUAUAUGAAAACAGUUUUUGUAACUGCUUGUACCAAUUUCAUCAUACAACGAUUCAGGUCCAGACUCUAAAAUGUAAUUAAUGAAAUCGAUCUCAUUGUUAUGGAAUUGUGUGUACAUUUAGAAACAUAAACAUUGUUAUCAUACAAGGUAUGAAGUUUAUUGAACAUGAUUUCUUAAUUUUUAUUUUUUGAUCGGUUAUGUAUAAUAAUGUUAUUUUUUACCAAAGAUAAGUUUCCGUUAAAAGAAUUUUAAUUAUAGACUAAACGAGUGAGCUCCGAUUAUAGAUUAAUAGUGAUAUAUCUGGUACUCAGAAGCGGUGCAACGGUUAGUUAAGUACCUCUGUAUAAAGGUUAAACUGUUUAAGAUAUUUUGUAAUUUUGUGUUACAAUUUUUGCCACAGCUUCAGUGAAUGUUGUUCGCGCCUGUACAUGUAAAGUUAUCUGUUAAAAAUUUGCUAAACACUAUGUUGAUUGAAAAAAAGAAACAGUGUAGGUAAAUAAAUGCUAAAGUUUUCUAAGAUAUAAAUAAAUAUGUAAAUUAAAGAUUUUUACGAUAAAAAGAUGUAUUUAUGUAAAAAAUUUGAACUGUCGUUAAUUAGAAUAUUGGUUAGAAUAAAAUAUCAACGUCUAAUACCUACAAUUAAUAAGAGAACAGAAUAAAAUGUUUCGGACUUUCAUAAACAUCGACAGAUUAUUUCAUUUUGCCGUUACUAUGUAAAUAAAUAUAUUUAUUUAAUGAUUACACAAA